CAGAGAUGAUUAACUGGCAUGAAAAGUGUUGUAGGUAGUUUGAGUGUAAGAGAGCGAGCGACAGCAGCGGCACCAUCUGCCACACAGACUUAGCCACCAGCCAAUCAACAGCCUUGAAACAAUUGCUGCUGCGGAAUCAGCCAACUGCGUCUUGCGGAACACCGGGACAUUGAUGUCUUCUCGGCACCGAUGGCAUUAUAAAAGAUGUCCCAACCAAGCCGGCUUGUCCGCCGCCCGUCGAUCUCACUGUCACUCAGUCGUCCGUGGCCGCCCCAGGGAGCUCAGCGCAGGUUUCCAGCAGUCUUCUCACAAACUUUGAGUGAUGGUUCUCUCGUUCGGUCUUGCUCGCGAACAAACUAGUUUUGCUGUUUAGUGAAUAUUUUUUGGGGGGUGAAUUUAUUUGCAUACAAAGAGUUUUAGUACAGACAUAGAUACAAAUUUCAAAGAACACAACGCGGACAUGUGCACGUCUUUGAAAGUGCUCGAAACAUUAAGUUCCCAUGAGGAGGUCUGAUCUCUGAAGUGUUUGGAAGAGCGACUCCCAAGACUUUAAACAGCAGCAUCAAACAGGACCUCUCUGCGAGAAAAAAAUUUAAGUAGAAGAACAUUUAUCCUUUGAUAUUGCCACUGCCGUCAGCACGAACCAUUCAAGUUCAAUACCGGAAACAUAUAAGGCAAAUUACAUAUAACAAAUACUUCUGACACUGACCUGCAGGAAAUCUGCAGCAAGCUGAACAGAACGGUUUUUGUAUUUUGGCCACACAAUACUAAUGUUAUUGUUUUAGAAAAGUAGACAAAAGUGUCUACUGGCCUACUGGACACUUACUAAUGACGUCUUCAAACGCCUUUUUCCUGACAAAGAUCUUGCCAACAUUCCUGUGGUCAAGGUAGUUGCACGCUUAUUAUACUUGUGCUGAGGGAAGUUUUGCUGACAGCAGGACAAGGUUAGCUGCUGACUUUUCCAAGAACAGCAACUGUCUGGUUCCUCCACAUUCUUACAUUUCGAACCUUGCACUUCAGCACCAGUCAACUUUACUUGAAAGGCUUCCAAAGAUCGCAGCUGAAAACAACAACAACAACAACAACCACCACCGUAGCAGCAGCAGCAGCAGCAGCAGCAGCAGCAGCAGCAGCAGCAGCAGCUUAACCGUUUUUUCGUCGUGUCGUCUUCAACUUCCAAAUCAACAACGUGACCAUGGAUUUCAACGAAUACAGACAGAGAGGGAAGGAGAUGGUGGACUACAUCGCCGAUUACCUGCAGAACAUCCGCAAACGGAGGGUUUUCCCCGACGUCAGUCCAGGCUACAUGCGAGCUCUGGUACCAGAGUCUGCACCAGAACAUGGAGAGUACUGGGAAGACAUUUUCAAAGACGUGGAGAGAGUUAUAAUGCCCGGAAUCACACACUGGCAGAGUCCCAAGAUGCACGCCUAUUUUCCCGCUCUCAAUUCCUUCCCCUCCUUGCUCGGCGACAUGUUGGCGGAUGCUAUUGGUUGCCUAGGUUUCACAUGGGCGUCAAGUCCGGCGUGUACGGAGCUGGAGACAAUCGUCAUGGACUGGUUGGGCAAAAUGAUUGGCCUGCCCUCUGAUUUCCUGCAUUCUAAGGAACAGACGCUCGGUGGCGGUGUGAUCCAAACAACAGCCAGUGACUGCACGUUUGUUACCCUGCUCGGUGCACGAGCGGAAAUGAUCCGGAAGGUGAAGGCUACAACUAAUAUGGAAGACGCAGAGAUCAACGCCAGGCUAAUCAGCUACUGUUCCGAUCAGGCUCAUUCGUCAGUGGAGAAGGCGUGUUUGAUUGGCUUGGUCAAACUGCGAUUCCUGCCGAGUGAUGAGAAGCUGAGCCUGCGAGGAGAAACACUCCGAGAAGCCAUCGAGAAGGACAGAGAGGAGGGGCUGAUACCCUUUUAUCUGUGUGCAACUUUGGGGACCACUGGCGCAUGUGCAUAUGAUAAUUUAAAAGAGCUGGGUCCAAUAUGUGCAGAAGAAGGCAUCUGGAUGCACAUCGACGCAGCCUACGCCGGUUCUGCUUUUAUCUGCCCCGAGUUCCGGAAGUACAUGGCUGGUGUGGAGCAUGCGCAGUCCUUUGCCUUUAAUCCUUCCAAAUGGUUGAUGGUCCACUUUGACUGCUCAGCCAUGUGGGUAAAGAAUAGCGGAGCCCUGCACAGGACAUUCAACGUAGACCCUUUGUAUCUGAAACACGAUAACUCAGGUGCUGCUAUUGACUACAUGCACUGGCAGAUUGCGCUCAGUCGGCGAUUUCGCGCCAUCAAGUUAUGGUUCGUCAUUCGCUCUUUUGGAGUGGAGGGGCUACAAAAUCACAUUCGCAAGGGUGUGGAGCUGGCGAAAAGGUUCGAGUCCCUCGUCCAGCAGGACGACAGGUUCGAGAUACCGGCAGACAGAACGCUAGGAUUCGUCGUUUUCCGGCUGAAGGGCGACAACGAACUCACGGAGCUCCUGCUGAAGCGUCUUAACUCAACGGGCCGAGUACACAUGGUACCAGCGUCACUGAAAGGCCGUUACAUCAUUCGCUUCACUGUGACGUCACAGUACACCACUCCCGGGGACAUCGAAGAGGACUGGAACGUGAUUCGGAGAACAGCCGAUCAGGUGAUAGAGGACCUGGUGAAGGAGGAACAAGAGGAAGAAGAGAUUCCUGUCGAAGAAGAGGAGGAAGAAGAGGAGGCAGAAGGCGCGCCAUCAACGAGGAGGGAGGAAGAAGAAGACGAAGAAGGAGGAGAGGCCACACGUCACGCCAAAUCGACUCUUCAGCGGCUUCCGAGCUUCAAGAAGAAGGACUACGGCAUCAGCCUCAUUCUCAGCAACGUGCCCAUGUCACCCAAGGUUAUCAACGGAAGCUUUGCGGCGCUGUUUGAAAAUUUCGAUAUCUCCGAGAUGCUGGCCCGCCACUUCCGCACGGGCGACCUUUCCAGCCGCGCGCUGCGCCUGUCCCCGAGAAAGCGCGGAAAGUUGCGAGACCAGAACAAGCAGCUGAGUCUGGACACCAGCUUCUUCGCUUCCAAGCGUCAGGCCAGCCGCUUCAAGCAGAGCUCCCUUGACUCCAAGAUCGACGACAUCCUGGAGGUCUCCUCCGUCGACAGUGAUUAUCCGGGCAACGGCAGGCGCGGGGCCGAUAGCCCUGACGACCUGGACUUUGACUUAAAUGCGGUCAAGAUCGACAACGAGGCUGACAGUCCUGGCGGCGCAGUUGAAGAAGACGAUGAGCCGGCUCGAGGAGACGCAAAGCGCGAGAGGACACAGAGCGUCACUUUUGUAAACGGCAUGCACGGAGUCUGCAAGCACUGCGGAAGGUCGUUUGAAGACUAAGUCUCCAGGCCAGCGGUCAAAAAAAAAAAAAGAAGAAAAAAGAGUAACCGUGUACAAAGCUCCCCUUUGCAAGAAGCUGGCACUCGUUUGGACAGUCACUUUGUCCCUUAUUUAGUAGAUGAUGUUAUGAUGCUAGUUUUAACUGGAGCUGUCACAUGACAGGCAUGUGAGGCAGAACUGCAUGGGUGACAACCUGCGCGACAUCUCAAAGAACACGACCUCUUUGGUCACAACGCGUAUCUUUGUUUUUAAAUUUUUUGAAGCAAGUGUCCAAUUCUGUUAAAUAUUAACGAGUCGUGUGGACAAAGUUAAUAAGAAGUUUUUCUUGAGGGGAAAAAGUAUAGUUUGUUUUAUCAGCUCAAAAGAAGUCGAAUCAUCGAAAAAGUUCUAAGAAAGAGAAAACCGCGCAGCAAAAGGCAUUGGACAAUUGAAAUGGGAAGUGGUGUUGCCGUUUAAUCAGCGAUCGGAAAAAAGUCUUUAUUAAUACUUUGAUGCGAACCUUGGGCAGAACUUUACGAUGCAGGUUAUCUAUAGUACUUACAAUGGAAAUGCACUGUAAUACCAAUUCGAUAUUUACUAUCACAGUGUCUGUUUGAAAACGAUCAUUGCACUUAUUUUCUUGGUUCUUCAACCGUCGCCCAUUUUCAAAAACGUGCAGACAGGCAAAUAAUACAACAAUAGGCUCAAACGACUAAAGCUUAUGCAGAAAUGUACUAACCCUCUAAUCCGCAUGUUAUGACAUCAAAAUCAAAGAACCCAGGUUUACGAGGCCUAUAAGCAAAAAUAAAGUUUGUGGAUGCAUACUUAAAGCUGCAGCUAUAAAUAUAGCAAAAUCAUCCAAUUUUCUAAAAGGCAUUAUUGAACUAGAUGCGAUCGCAAUAAUGUCAAGUCUGUCAAGAUGUAGGGUCACGCUAUCUCCCUUAGGACGCCAGUUUGAUAGGAAAGUAUCUUCUUUUCCCUCCCCUCCUUCCAGGCAAUAAAAAAUAUUUCUUAUGGAUAUGAGAAUCUAAACAGAUUGUUUUAAUUGACAGGAAAUGUAAUAGAAAUUAUGUUAUUUGAAUUGUAAGAAAUAUGAUUUAAUUAAAAUGGUUUAAUUGGCUUAGCUGCCGCGGCUCUGUGGUCGUAAACAAAGUCAAGGAGGUAGAAUAAUCAAAGGGAGAUAAAAAGCUAAACAACACCUAAAUCUCUCGCUGCUCUCCCUGCACCAACAUGGCCGUGCUCCUCUACCUUUCACAACUGGUUAAGGCGGGUUGUCCAGUCUAAAGAAUGAGAACAUUCCCUCGUUCCUACAUUCAAGUGUUUUAAGUCUGGGUGCAAUUUGUGAAAAACUGCGAAUGAAACUAGUGGACAGAUACUUUCUCACAGCUUUUUCCCCCUUUCAUUCACACGUUCCUUUUUAUAUUAUUUUACCUGUUUAUUCUUCUUUCUUUUUUUAUAAAAAAAAUUCUUGGUUACAUUCUCUGAUGCUUCAUUCUUUGUUGCCGUUCAUAUUUUACUUGACUAACUGCAUUCCCUCUUUAUUUGUUAAUUUAUAUAUAUAUAUGAUUAUUUUGUGAUUUCUAUGCUUGCUCAGAAGCAUAGGUACAAAUAUAUGGGUAGAAAAUUUUUUGUGAAAAGAUUUAUUUUCGAGCUCGGCUGUGACAGACUUAUAUACUGUGUCUCUAAAUCUUGUGCAAGAUUGAUAUAUUCAAUUAAUAGUUUAUGAACUGAGCAGUUAUUAGAAAGAUAUGUACGCAACAAUAUCAGCUACUGGGAACCGUAGUAAACAGACU